UAACAGUUGAAAGGCAGCUUAACAAAGCCGUAAUUUUUCUUCAAACGGUCAUCUUUUCAUUGAUAGAAAUAGCGAUGUAUUUGCGGUCAUUCUUGGUUAUUUGAGAGAUGGCUUAGAGUACCCGUUGCCAGAUGAACAAUACAUUUUGCGAUUAAUUGAGCAUGAAGCCCGACUGUUUGGACUCACAGAAUUGGCUUCUGCGGUUGAAAGUCACCGGUUAAGCUUGAAACUAGAUUUGAUUCAUCAGAAUAAGCUACCAUCAAGAAGCACAUAUUCAAAACCUGCCACCUCGCACCCAUUUCCCAUUCUUUCUAGCAGUAUGACUACUUUUUAUUUACACAGUUACAAUUUUAAUUUCAUCUCCAUUUUCUUUAAUUUCAUUGAUCAACAAAAACAAAAAAAAGGCUGGAUGAGAAACUGCAAAAAAUUACGAAAUUAUUUUUGA